AUGCAUCUGACUACAGAGGAGAAGACAGAGCUGGGACUCAAGGAGCAGGGGACAGUCAAUCCUGCAUUUGGGGUAAAAAGUGAUGAACAGCCACAACUGACAGUUGACAUUGGGGAAUCACACACAGAGGAGAAUCUGGAGGAGACGGUGGACAAAAGUGUCGACCUGGUUUACGCCCUGAAUGACAGACCUCCAUGGUACCUCUGCAUUCUGCUCGGCUUCCAGCAUUAUAUCCUUGCUUUCGGUGGCAUCAUUGCAGUCCCACUGAUCCUGGCUGAACCACUCUGCAUAAAGGACAACAAUGUUGCCAAAAGCCAGCUCAUCUCCACUAUAUUCUUUGUGUCAGGAUUAUGUACGCUGCUGCAGACGGCUGUUGGAACCAGGUUACCGAUCCUCCAGGGUGGGACCUUCAGUUUCAUCACUCCAACCCUGGCCAUCCUUGCUCUGCCCAAGUGGCAGUGUCCAGCUCCGAAAUCACCUGUCAUGCUGUCCAUGCAGCUGCAAAAUAGCACCAGCUCAUUGCAAACGGAAAAUUCUGACGAGAUCUGGAUGUCUCGAAUGCGUGAGAUCCAAGGAGCCAUCCUGGUGGCCUCUCUGCUUCAGAUCGUCCUGGGCUUCUCUGGGCUGGUGGGCCUUGUGCUCAGAUUUAUCGGCCCUUUGGCUAUCGCUCCCACCAUCAAUCUAAUUGGUCUGUCACUGUUCAUUGAAGCUGGAAAGAAGUCAGGAGGUCACUGGGGAAUUGCUGCUCUCACGGUCUCUCUGAUCCUCCUGUUCUCCCAAUAUCUCAGCAAAGUCAACGUUCCAAUGAUUGCUUACAAGGACAAGAAGUGGAAGGUUUUCCAGUAUCCGCUCUUCAAGCUCUUUUCUGCUUUGUUCGGGAUGUGUGGUGGCUGGUUGGUCUGCUUUCUACUGACCAUCUUUGACGUCCUGCCUUCAAAGUCUGAUCAGUAUGGCUUCUCAGCCAGGACGGACAUCAGCCUGGAUGCUGUAAAAAACUCCCCAUGGUUUCAUGUUCCUUACCCAGGUCAGUGGGGCUUACCCACAGUGAGCUUGUCUUCAGUGCUGGGUAUGAUGGCAGGUGUCUUGGCAUCUACCAUGGAAUCCAUUGGUGACUACUAUGCAUGUGCUCGUUUGUCUGGUGCUCCGCCACCACCCACUCAUGCCAUCAACAGAGGUAUCGCUGUGGAGGGCAUUGGCUGCAUCCUGGCUGCGCUGUGGGGGACUGGAAAUGGCACCACCUCCUACAGCCAGAACAUUGCUGCACUUGGCAUUACCAAGGUUGGCAGCAGACUGGUCCUCCAGACAACUGGAAUCCUGAUGAUUGUAUUGGGGAUCUUUGGGAAGUUUGGAGCAGUUUUCAUCACCAUACCAGACCCAGUCAUCGGAGGCAUGUUCCUUGUUAUGUUUGGAAUGAUUGCAGCAGUGGGUAUAUCCAAUCUCCAGUAUGUUGAUCUUAACUCUUCCCGUAACCUCCUCAUCCUCGGCUUCUCUACCUUCAGCGGCCUUGUCUUACCUACGUGGUUUCACUCCAAUCCCGGCAUCAUUGACACAGGAAUAAAAGAGCUGGACCAAGUGAUCGUUGUGCUCUUUACCACACAUAUGUUCAUUGGUGGAUUUUUUGGGUUCAUCCUGGAUAACACCAUUCCAGGCACUGACAAAGAGAGAGGGAUCAAGAACUGGCAGGACAAGGUGCAAGGGGAAAGCAAAUUCACAUGUGACCAGUCAUGCUAUGACAUCCCUUUCUGUACCCGCAUUUUCAAAAGGUUUAGGUGUUUCCAGUACCUGCCCUUCCUCCCUUCUUACAACACCAGUCAGGACGGGACAUCCAAGUAA